AUGGCGUCCUCGGUGACGGACUCGUCCGUCGUCUACGAGCGGCGCGUCGAGCGCCUGCACAAGUACCACUGGCCCGCCAUCCAGCUCAACCUGUGGAUGCUGUUCAUGCUCGUCGCGUCGUCCGCUAUCCUCGGCAUCUUCGCCAACUUUGUCCAGAUCCAGGGCCAGCUCGGGCUGGGCGUGCCAUGGUACUUCCCCUACUACAUAACCGUCUCCGCCCUCGUGAUAGUCUUCAUCGUGAUCCUGCUAUGGCUCAUCUUCCAGCGGCGCCUCCUCCCCUCCAUCGUCAUGAUCGGCGGCUUCAUGCUCUUCGUGCUUUGGCUCGUCGGCCUCAUCGUCACGAGCGUCCAGCUCUGGGGGCCCUCGGGCAGCGUCUCGUCCAACUGCAACGCCGCCGUCUUCGACCGCAACCCCACGGGCCAGACCCUCGAGGCCCUCGCCUGGCUGCAGCAGCGCAGCAUCUGCCAGGGCUGGCAGGCCGUGUUUGCCCUCGGGCUCGUCGGCGCCAUAUUCCUGCUGUGGAUCAUGAUCAUGGCGUACCAGGUCUUUGCGGAUAAUGCUUAG